GAGUUUUGGUAAGGUGUUGGAGUGAGAACAUGGCGGCCCCCGUGUCAGUGAGGAGUGGCGUGUGGGGUAAAAUGGAGCGGUUUCUCAGCCCGGGGAAAGGAAACGGAUUACGGGCUCGGGAUGAAAUUCAGGCCGGAGAGAUGAUUUACUCCUCAAACCCGAUCGCAUUCUGUGUGGCUCAAAAGUUUUUAAAAUCCACCUGCCAGACCUGCCUCUGCAGGAGUGAGUGUUUAUUGAGAUGUUCUCAGUGUAAGAGUUCUCGGUACUGCAGUGUUCAGUGUCAGAAAGAGGCGUGGCCUGAACAUAAGAGAGAGUGUAAAUGUCUUCAGCGUGUGUACCCAAGAGUUCCCACUGACUCGGUCCGACUGACGGCCAAAAUCAUCUUCACCCUGCUUAAUGAUCCUGAAGCGUACUCACAGGAGCUUUACUCUAUAUCUCAACACCAAUCACAUCUGGAAGAGAUGAGCGAGGAGAAGAGAGAAGGUCUGGUUCAGCUCUGCUCCAUGUUAAAGCUCUAUUUGAACUCUGAUGUUUCUCAGCUGCCAAGUGGUCUGGAUCCCACGAGUCUUCUUGCAAGAGUGAUGUGUAACUGUUUCAGUGUGAGUGAUGGAGAGCUUCAGGAUGUGGGAUUAGGACUCUACCCAAGCAUGUCUCUGUUAAAUCAUGACUGCAGGCCGAACUGUGUGAUGAUGUUUAUUAGAAAAAAACUUGAACUGCGAGCCGUACGAAGAAUCCAGCCACACGAGGAGUUGUGUAUCAGUUAUACAGAUGUUUUAGCUCCUCGUGUGGAGAGACGAACUCAGCUGCAGGAUCAGUAUCACUUCCUGUGUCAGUGUCAGAGAUGCAGUGAUGACAAGAGUGACUGUAUUAUGUUGGGAGGGGAGGAGUCCAGCUGGAUGGUCAUUAAAGAUGCACUUCCUCACCUGGGGACCCUACAAAAGGAAGAAAAGUGGGCGGAGCUUCAGCAGGCAUGUCAGGCUCUGAUUGGUGAAAACUGUGCUCUAGUCCCAGACUCUAAUGUGUACAUGCUGAGGGUUCUGGACUCGCUCCUGGAUGCCUGCAUCAGUCUCAGUCAGUAUGAGAUAGCACUUCAGUAUGGGACCAGGGCACUGAACGCAUACCUGUUGCAUUAUCCUGAUCCUCACCCAUCAUAUGCAGUGGAGCUGCUGAGAGUUGCGAAGCUGCAGCACUACAGUGGGGAGGUGGAGGAGGCAGAGAGAAGCUUCACUCAGGCGUAUGAGGUGAUGAAGGUGACUCAUGGUCGUGAUCAUCCUCUUGUUGCUGAAGUGUGCAGAAAGUUAUCUGAGUGUCAGGCUGAGAGACGAAGCCUUUAUUCAUGACUUUUUACAUAAAAAUUUAUUUUCACUGGAAUUAAACUUUAAAGCAUUUUCAUUCAGA